UACAAAUAUGAUGACUAAUUAAUCUAUAAGGCAUUAGGAAAAUACAUGGAAUUUGAAAUGAAUUGGGUGGAUCAAAUCAAUAACGAAAUAAAGAGCAAUGGUCCUUCAACAUCUGAUGAGAUGGAACUAUGGAAGAAACAUUCAAUUUACAAAAUACCUUCAAGAGUAACUGCACUAAACAAAAAAGCCUACAAACCACAAGCAAUUUCAUUUGGUCCUUAUCAUUAUGGGGAGGAACAUUUGAUGGCUAUGGAAGAACACAAGCAUAGAGCUCUUCUUCAUUUCUUAAGGAGGUGUGAAAAGCCUAUUGAGUUGUUAUUCCAAAAAAUUGAUCAAGUGGUUCUAGAGUUGAGAGAUUCGUACAAGCCACUUGAUCCAAUUUGGAUAUUGGACAAACCAAAGUUUGUUCAAAUGAUGAUUCUUGAUGGUUGUUUUAUUUUGGAGAUUUUGAGAGCUAAUGAUUGUGUUUUGGAUGAUUAUGCUGAGAAUGAUCCUGUCUUUGGCGAACAUGGGAAAUUUUAUGUUUUGCCUUAUAUUAAGCGUGAUAUGCUUAUGCUCGAAAAUCAAAUACCUAUGUUGGUUCUUCGUACAUUGAUUCAAGCUGAAACCGGCAUGGAGCAGGAAGAUGAUCAUGAGUUGUUGAAUGAGAAAAUCGUAAAGUUAUUAAACCCUAGCACACCUUUAAUUCAAAGCUUGGGAAAAUGCAUGCACAUAUUGGAUGUGUUCAGAAAAAGCCUAAUUCAAGAAGGACCAAGCCACCCAACACGCAUGCCCAAAGCAACAAAAAGAAAUUGGUUAACUUUAGAGGCAGGAGAAGAGAUUAUUCGAUCUGCAGUAGAGCUUCACGAGGCUGGAAUCCGAUUCAAGAUAAGCAAAACGUGGAGCCUAAAAGAUGUUUCAUUCGAUCGAGGUGUUCUUAGGCUCCCAACAUUGGUGAUUGACGACACCACAGAAUACAUGCUCCUUAAUCUCAUUGCACUCGAGCGACUCCAUGUUGGAGCAGGUAACGAGGUAACAUCGUUUAUAUUCUUUAUGGACACCAUCAUCGACAGUAACGUGGAUGUUGCACUUCUUAACCGAAGUGGGAUCAUAAUCAAUGCUCUUGGAAGCGAUAAAGUUGUUUCCAAAUUGUUUAACUCGUUGUCUAAAGACAUAACAGUGGAUCGUCAUGGAGUACUUGAUGUGGUGAGGAUGAGUAUGAGUGAUUACUGCAAGAAACCGUGGAAAAGAUGGCGUGCUAAUCUCAUUCAAACUUAUUUUAGAAACCCGUGGGCUAUUGUCUCUCUUGUUGCUGCUAUUUUCCUUUUUGCUUUAACUAUUGUUCAAACUGUAUACUCAGUUAAACAAUAUUAUCAAAGUCCAAGCCCUGCUAAGUCACCUAUUUUACCAGUUACUCCAAGGUUUCCCCGUCUUCCAUAAUCAUUAAUCGACCUACCUAGUUCUUUCCUUUCUCCUUUGAUUUUUAUAUUUGUGUAAUGUGUCUACUUUGUUCUAAAAAUAUUAUGUAUUUGAUGUUUGA